AUGUCUCAAUUUAAAUUUUGGAAUGAUGUGAACAGUAUACUUAGUUUGGAUGGCCCGAUAACCAAAGGUCCACAAUCUAGAUGUGAGAGAAAAAAAACUAGCAAUCUUCUGUCUGGAAAUAGCAGUUUAAAUUCUUCUAAACAACGAUCUUUAUCGACUUCUUGUCUAAAUAAUACAUCAAAGACUCCGUCAAAGGAUAGCGAUGGUUAUUUGAAUAGUAAAACUCCAUCAAAAACACCUUUGCGAAAGUCUAAAACUCCAACACCGAACAAAAAUGCCAAAACUCCAGGUGGGGACAGGUUUAUUCCAUCUAGAGUGGCAAGCAAUUUAGAGUUAGCACAGUUCAAACUUUCCCAAGAUGAGAACGAACCAGAGGGCAAUACAGCAAAAGAACUCAAAAAGGCUAUUACAGAUAAUAUUAAAGGUUCAACUGCUAGUGGAAGUCACAGAAUACUUUCUUACAUGAAUAAAGCGCCGGCAGCUCCGGAAGGUUUUCAGAAUCCUAUGAGAGUGUUGUAUUCUCAAACAAAAACACCAGCUUCAGUUAGAAAUACAAACAGAUAUAUUCCACAAGCUCCCGAUCGGAUUUUAGAUGCACCCGACAUUGUUGAUGAUUAUUAUCUGAAUUUAAUGGACUGGGGUUCAAAUAAUAUAUUAGCUGCAGCUUUAGGUUCAAGGGUUUAUCUGUGGAAUGCAGGAACUGGCAAUAUCUCACAGCUUUUGGAAUUAGAAGGCAAUGAUUAUGUAUGCUCAUUGGCUUGGAUGCAAGAGGGUGAUUGUUUAGCUGUAGGCACAAUGGAAGGUACAGUUGAGCUGUGGGAUUGUUCCAGAACUAAGAGACUUAGAGUAAUGAAUGGUCACUCAGCUAGAGUUGGAGCUUUGGCUUGGAAUUCCUAUAUUUUAACCAGUGGAUGUAGAAGCGGGCAAAUUAUUCAUCAUGAUGUUCGGCAAAGAGAGCAUAUUGUAACAACAAUUAGCGGCCAUACUCAAGAAGUAUGUGGCUUGAAGUGGUCACCCGAUGGCAAAUAUUUGGCAAGUGGAGGAAACGACAAUGUCCUUAAUAUAUGGGCGGCAGUAAAUGAAGGGUUCCAUACCGAAUCGACCCCCUUACAUGUAUUCACUCAUCAUCAGGCUGCCGUAAAAGCUCUGGCCUGGUGCCCAUGGCAACCACAUAUUUUAGCUAGCGGUGGCGGAACGGCGGAUAGGCAUAUUCGCGUGUGGAAUUGUAAUACCGGAUCUUGUGUGAAUGCCACAGAUGCUAAGUCACAGGUUUGUGCUCUAUUAUGGGCUCAAAACUAUAAAGAGCUAGUUUCUGGACACGGAUUCGCAAAUAACGAAGUCAGUAUUUGGAAAUAUCCUGCAAUGACCAAAGUGGCCGAAUUGAACGGGCACACAGCUAGAGUACUCCAUCUAGCUCUGUCCCCUGACGGAACAACCAUUCUAUCUGCAGGCGCAGAUGAAACACUGCGAUUGUGGAGAUGCUUUGUGAAAGAUCCCGUCAAAACCAAGGACAAGGAAAAUGGAGUUAAGGCAAAGCCAAGUGCAUUGAGGCAAUGCAUUCGAUAGACUGAAAUAGUGUUAGCUGGCUUGUGGGUUCAUGUUGAAUUAUUUUUAUUAUUUUGACUGAUAAUUUGUGUGAUUUUUUUAUGUUAACUAUAUGUAGUUGGUUAUAUUAAUUUAGUUUUACAACAUGAUGUAAUUACCUACUGAUUUUUUAUACUGGACAAUAAAUAAAUUAUUU